AGCUACACCACCACUAGCAGCACCACCACUAGCAGCAUUUCUACCUCUUGUGGAAGCUUCGCAGGCUGCGCGUCCGUCGCCGCGCCGUUUGCUCGUCUUUUCCGUCAGUGUGCCGUCCGCCGUCGGUCGAGGAUCUCGUGUUAUUGUGAGCCACGUUUCUCUCUCGUUUUCUAUCCCAUCUAAGUAUUUUCUUUCGAAAAUAUAGUGUAAAUAGUCUUUUCUCGACAACGUCAAAGAAGAAAUGAAAAAGAAAAAAAAUUGAUUGAAAUCGGUGCCUCGUUCGACAUCUUCUCGUAUAACUCGUAUAACCGAUCGAUCCUUCGCGACUUCGCACGUGUGCCGCAUCAGAUACGAAUUUUGGCUUUCUUUCUUCUUUUGGUUUUUAAAUAAUUAGAAAGAAUAAAAAGACAACGAAGAAAGAACGGUGGUAACGGAAAAUAUAAAAAUGUUGAUUUAUCUUCUGGAUUUGGAUUUUAUGGAUGAUCUUAAGAAAGGAAAACGAUCGGGCUGAAAUGUACGAAUAUCGAGACUUUAGAAUGGAUUAUCGGUAUUUGGAUUAGCAGAGCGGCUUGUCGAAGCUUGUCGAAGCUCAAUUCUUCCGGAGGUGGUAAUAUAAAAAGAAGGAAAAGAGUAGGAGGAAAACGAUCGAUGAGGACACAUCCAUACUUGCGUCCCUCAUAGGUUCUACUCUUUCUUUGGACACCAAAGGAGCCUCGAAUUUCGCGGCUAUCACGCGCGAGUGUUGUUCACGAGGGUCUUCAACCCCUUCCUUGAGUCCCUCGUGCGUUCACCAGCACCCUAGACACUCUCUGACCUACCAUUUGCUUCGAGUGGGCCGUCCAUGAACCUAAAAUAGUCACCGAAGACCUUUCCCCGUCCCCACGACCCUUCUUCUAUCUCUGUGUGCCGUGUUCGUGGAUGUACCAUCGUUGUCGUGUGUGCCGUCGUUGUCGCUUUGCUGCUCGUCUCUUUUUCCCUAUCUCUCUCUCUCUCUCUCUCUCUCUCUUUCUUUCUCUCUCUCGUACUCGAGCACUUUUAUUCGGGACAACGAUAAGCUCUGUGCAUCGGCUGGGAUGACCCGAAUCGAUGAAGAUAUUUUAUAUCGUCGCAUUCUGUACUCCUCAGGGUGUCGGGCCUAAAGGCGAAGAUCGUAUCGACCGGUCACUCUCUUUCUCUCUCUCUCUCUCUCUCUCUCUCUACCUCUCCUUCUUCGUCUUAUUGCUUCAUCUACAUAUAUGUGUACGCUACCAGAUAUUAAUAUCACUUUGGUAAAAUUUGUCACAAGUAGCGAGAGAAAUCGCAUUAGAGAAAUCCACAUAGACGCAACAAUUCGUCUAAAACUUUCGUCGAACCAAAAUCCAUCGAAUAAUAUACGAUAGCUGCUAUCGAAGAUACGUGAAAAUUUCGUGGAUGACGCUUCGAUUGCAGUAUUUAAAAUAUAUCACGUUGAUUUGUCUAAAUUGCGUAAUCGUAUUAUUAAAGAGAGAGAUGCUUUGAGAUCGCACUAAUCAUCAAUCACGAUCAAGAUAUUGAAGAAAUUAUCUGCUCGGUAAAGAAGAGAUCACAAAAGCAGAUAAGAAGCAAGCAAGAGAAAAAAAAGAAGAAAGGAGGGAAGCUAAGAGACGAGAAAGAAUGACGCUCUAGAUCGCUUGGAAACUGGAUAAAACGUGGUGAAGGAGAGACGGAGAGAGAAGACGUGCGCGAGCGCUCUCGUAUGCUUAAGGUCAAGAGUGUGGGAGCUUUAAUUAGUAUUUAAUUAAAGGCAAAAAACAUAUGUACGAGCGAAUGGAUAUAGAAGGAACGGAAGGAUCAUCAGCGACAGCCACAGCUGUCGCAUGGUGCCCGUUAAUACGUUGAUAAAUUAAUCGAACAAACAGGACGGAAUCGACGAUAUACUUCCGAUAGAAAAAGUUUUUGACAUAAACGCAUCACUGCUUGGUGAUCCAGAAAACUUGACAGUUUCGAUUUGUUUGAAUUCACUUCGAAUUCGUUGCAAAUUCUAUCGGAAAAGUACGGAAGAUGUUCCCGAUACGCAAACGAAGACGGUGACGUCAUUCAAAACUCUUCAUUCUCUUUUCUCUUUCACGAAGUAAUGAUCUUAGAGAGAUCGGUUGAUCUUUGCGCGAGCAAAGGAAGAUCGGGAGGAACUGUUUGUCUUCUCUACGUGGUGCGUCAUGCCGUUGCCGUUAUCCGGGAAAGCGAGGAAUCGAGACGACGAAAGCUGACAUUUAAGUCGUUUAAGUGGAUGUCUCUUUAGUUGGAUUUACGACGUCCCCUUGUGCUUUUUCUAUCCGGGAAAGCUUAACCGCGUCUAGUUUUCGCGACGAGGAUUACGAGGAAUACAGAGAGAACAUGUGGAGUAUAGUGCUAUUCCUUGGACUAACCGAAGCUCUUUUCUACGUCGCCGGGAUCUCCUUCAGCUCGGAUGAAAAAUUAGUUCCAUUGGUCAACAUCAGUGUUGUGGAAGGAAAACCAGCGGAAUUACCAUGCGAUAUUACUCCUCCGGGAGAGGACACCUUACACAUGGUUUUCUGGUUUAAAGACGAAGCUGGAGUGCCACUCUAUACAAUCGACGCCCGAGAAAAGCCAGUGACCAAAGCGCAACAUUCCUCGGAUUCGGGAGUAUUUGGUCCACGAGCUUACUUUCGAACUGCCUUUCCCAGCCCCGCAGUUCUCGUGAUCGAUGAUAUAAAGAGGCACGAUGCUGCAACAUAUAGAUGUAGAGUCGAUUUUCGAAAAGGCCAGACGCGAAGUUUCCGUUACAACCUCACCGUCAUCGUUCCACCAGAACAACCGACCAUUUUGGAUCGUUGGGGUCGUAUUUUGAACGGGACGGCGGGACCGUACGAAGAGGGUGACACUCCCUAUCUCACCUGCCGCGUAACAGGCGGUAAACCCGAGCCUAUGGUUAGAUGGCUUAUUAAUGGACACAUCAAAGAUGAGGAGUACGAGAAUAAUGCUGGAGACGUCAUCGAGAAUAAGUUAACGUUGCAACCUAUUACACGAUCGGAACUUGGCGCUAACUUUACUUGUGAAGCACACAAUACAGAUCUAGUAGAACCUAAGUUAACUUCUAUCACGUUGGACCUCAAUCUGAAACCUUUAACCGUGGCCAUACGAAGACCCGGAAAAAAAGAAAUCGGUAACGAGUCUUUACUAGCAGGAAGGCACUAUGGGGUGGAAUGCGAGACCACCGGUUCAAGACCACCGGCAGUAAUUACAUGGUACAAAGGACGGAGAAGACAGUUGAAGCACACGACGGAAGAGAGAUCCGAAAAUCGUACGGUUAGCCUAGUGGAAUUCGAACCAGGUGUCGAAGAUCAUGGGAAAUCAAUAACUUGCAGGGCAGAAAAUCCAAAUGUGACGGGACUCUUUCUUGAAAAGUCAUGGAAGAUCGACGUUGUGUAUCCUCCGAUCGUGUCAUUAAAUCUCGGAUCAACCCUUAGUCCGGAGGAUAUCAAGGAAGGCGACGACGUUUACUUCGAGUGUCACAUUAGAGCCAAUCCACCCUGGUCAAAGUUAACAUGGAUACACGACAACCAGAUCCUGGCGCACAAUACAUCGGCAAGAAUCAUCUGGUCGAAUCAAAGCCUCGUCCUGCAGAGCGUUACAAGGAGCAGCGCUGGUCGUUACGUAUGCGCAGCGACAAAUGCCCUCAACGAAACGAGAAGCGAGCCUCUACAUUUUCGCGUUAAGUUCGCACCGGUCUGUAAGGACGACAGGAUCAUAGUGGUAGGCGCAUCGAGAGGCGAAUCGCUGGACAUUGCUUGCAGGGUCGAAGCCGAUCCACCAGCUCAUAAUUUCCGCUGGAAGUUCAACAAUAGCGGCGAGACCCUGGAGGUCGCACCUGGAAGGUUUUCGAUGGAGAAGUCGAGUGGCGUUAGCGUGUUGAAGUACACACCGACUACCGAACUGGAUUACGGAACACUCUCCUGCUGGGCGGACAAUCUCGUCGGUACCCAGGCGAGGCCGUGUCUCUUCCAGUUGGUAGCUGCUGGAAAACCAUUUCCCGUUCGAAAUUGCACAUUGGCCAAUCAGACGUAUACAAGCGUGGAAGUGAAAUGCGUGCCCGGAUACGAUGGUGGUCUGACGCAGAAAUUUGUGUUGGAGGUCUAUCAUGGCGAUAUUGACUUCCUGUCGAGCAUCCAGCCUCUCUAUAACGUUUCCAACAUCGAGGAGCCAUCCUUCGCGCUUUCGGGUCUGGAAGCGUCGGUCGAGGCUGGCGUUCACGUCGCAGUUUAUGCCGUAAAUGCCAAAGGUCGAAGUCCGCCUGUUAUUCUCAGUGAAGUUACGUAUCGAGAUGCCGAGAAACGGACUGGACAAGACGCGGGAAUCGUUCUGUCGCCGCUAAUUGGCAUGGUUGUCGGCGCUUUGGUAACCCUCGUUCUGAUCAUUCUUGCGGUGGUCGUACGGGUGCGAAGGGAACGCAUCUCAAAACCGCGACACGAGAAGCCGGCUGAACUUAGCGAACUACCAACACAACAAUAUCCCAUGCAGAAUCUCCAACAGACCGUAGAGACCGACCCUGACGUUAUACCGAAUAAGUUUGGUAAUCUCGUCGAAGUCAGUCCACCAAGUUAUCCAGCUGGGUAUCCCCCGGGACAUUGGGUCACGCCCGGACCUACGCCAAGUAUAGACGAGCUUUGCCACAAGUUUAGCGGUAGACCAACGGAGCUGAGGUUACCGUCGAGAAGUACGAUACCCGCGCUCCCAAAUAUGCCGAUGACGGGAGUAGGAAUGAUGGUUGGUACCGGGCAAGGCAUCGUCGUUGGUGGUGGCAUCACCGGCAUCAACACGCAAGGUGUGGUAGUAGGUGGAGGUCAAGGAGUCGUUGUGGCAGGCGAAUGUCUCGAUGGCGAGGCUAUCAAACGUCGACUCAUGGCCAACAGGCUUCCCGAGAGCUGUGUCUAGACCGAACACGGAAAAGGUCGCGAAAAGAUGCAAGGAAACUGGAGAGAGAAAGAGAAA